AUGCUUAUCUCUAAGUGGAUUGCUUUUGCCGGUUUGCUAGGUGUUGCAGUCGCUUCUCCUGGCAAGUCUUUGGCGAAAAGAACUACAGUGGACGAGGUGCUCACUGAUAUUGAGGGGGCGGUGACGUGUGCUGCCUGCGAGGCCUUGCUCGUAGUCCUUCAGGCUCUGGCCCAUGUAGGCAAUGAUGAUUUCGUCGAUGUCAUCACCGACGUCUGUAUUUUGGCGGGGGUGGAAGACUCGGACGUCUGUACAGGUGCGAUCGCUCGAGAAGGCCCAGUACUAGCUCAUGAUCUUCGCGAGAUGAGCAUCCCUUCUAAGACGGCGACUCUCUUCUGCUCAACUAUUUUCGGACUUUGUGACUACCCUGCCGUUACUGAAUACUCUCUCGACUUUCCAUCCGCAAAGCCAGACACUUCUCGCCCAUCGCCCAGUGGCGAGACACCGAUUCAAGUCGUCCACAUCAGUGAUAUCCACGUUGACCUGUUUUACGAAACUGGCGCAAGCUAUAACUGCACCAAGAACAUCUGCUGUCGCCCAUAUACUUCAGCCGACGCUCCUGGAAAUACUAGCUAUCCUGCUGGUGAAUAUGGAAAUCACAACUGUGACGCUCCAUUGAGUCUGGAGCAAUCGAUGUAUGAAGCAGUGGCCACCUUGGUGCCCGAUGCUUCAUUCACCAUCUUCACUGGCGAUGUGGUCGAGGGCGCUGUUUGGCUUGUCAACGAAACCGAAGUUACCAACGAUCUGAACGACGCCUAUCAAACACGCAUGCCUAAUUAUCUUAACUUGGUCUACCCUGUUAUUGGAAAUCAUGACACUGCCCCCGUCAAUUCCUUCCCGCCAAGCGAUAUCGACACCACACUGGGUAGUGACUGGGCCUACUCUACCCUCAGCUCCGACUGGACUCAAUGGAUUGGAUCAACAGCCGCGACCACUGCCGAUAACUACGGUGCUUACUCCGUCUUGUAUCCCCACGGCAACCUUAGAAUCAUAUCUUUCAACUCCAACUUCUACUACAAGGAGAACUUCUGGUUGUACGAGAAGACCAUGCAGUCGGAUCCCAAUGGCCAGCUGGCAUGGCUCGUAACUGAGUUAGAUGCAGCUGAAACUGCUGGCUCCCGGGUCUGGCUCGUAGGACACAUGCCAAUGGGAGGAUCAGACGCUUUCCAUGAUGGAUCUAAUUAUUUCAACCAAAUCAUCCAGCGUUACGACGCAACUAUCGCCGCUACCUUCUAUGGACACACCCACAAGGACGAGUUCGAGAUCGCUUACUCGAACUAUUCCAACCCAACUGCCGACACUGCGACUAUGAUGUCCUACAUUGCACCCGCCCUGACUCCGACCUCUGGAAACCCUACCUUCCGGGUUUACUCCAUUGAUCCAGUCACAUUUGGUGUGCUCGAUUUCGAGGUUUACAUCGCGAACAUGUCGGACCCGAACUACCAGACCAAGCCAACUUGGGAGAAGUACUACUCUGCGAAGGAAACCUAUGGCUCUCUUCUCACCCCGGCUGUCACAGACAGCUCUGCUGAACUGACUCCUGCCUUCUGGCACAACCUAACUGUCCUGUUCGAGGAAGACGACACUGUUUUCCAGGACUAUAUUGCUCGCAAGUCUCGAGGAUGGGAUUAUUCAUCUUGCACUGGAGACUGUAAGACUGAUGAGAUCUGCCAGCUUCGUGCCGCUGAAUCGCAGUAUAACUGCGUGACCAUCACCCCCGGCAUUAGCUUCAAGAAGCGUGAUAUUUCCACUAAAUUGCACGAAGAGAGCGUAUGCGGUGAAUCUGUUAUUGGGACUAUGUUCUCGGAUUUCGAGGGCGCUGUGUCUGCACUCAAGUCGUCCUUGGCUUCGAGUUUCUUGAACACCACGGUCAACUCUACUGUCGCGUAA